CGUCGUCUUGGUGGAAGCGGAAGGUGGCGAGGCAACCUUUCAGGCAAAGCUGAGGGACGUCAUGCCCUGGUCAUUCAAUGCCGCUACUCGGGCUCUCUCAAACACAGACUGGGCUGUCAACACGUAAACAUGGCUGCCUCUGCAACAAUCAAGGCGAAUGAGAGCGAUGACGCCACUACAGACACUACGAAAUGUCAUGAAGAGUCUCUCUCGCAAUCGGGGGAAAUUAUAAAACCUACUAUCACGGAGCUGACCAAAGAAGUUAGGACCAACAUCCUCUGCACCGUGGAAGGAUGUGGCAAGAUUCUCCCCAACACACCUGCGUUGAACAUGCAUCUUGUGAAGUCACACAGAAUAAAGGAUGGUAUUGUCAAUCCCACGGUCAGAAAGGACAUGAAGGGCUCUCAGAAGCUUUACUGCUGUCCCAUUGAGGGUUGUCCCAGGGGGCCUAACAGACCCUUCUCCCAGUUCUCUCUGGUCAAACAACACUUCAUGAAGAUGCAUGCAGAGAAGAAACACAAGUGCUUCAAGUGCAACAAUGGCUACAGCACAGAGUAUGACCUAAAGAGGCACAUAGAAGACUGUGGGAAGACCUACCACUGUACAUGCGGCUGCCCCUAUGCUAGUAGGGCUGCACUACUCUCACAUAUCUACAGGACAGGUCACGAGAUUCCUAUAGAACACAGAAUUCCUCCAGUAAAAAAGCGAAAGAUGGAGAAACUGUUAAGUGGUUCUGAAAAGGUUAAGCCUAAUGAGUCAACCUGUCUCAUCAUGUCUGCUAGUAAAGAGCUAACAGAGACUGCUCUGCCUUCUGAUACAACUGUUAAUAUUACAGACUCAGUGAAUCAGAACUCCAACCCCCGUAAGAACCUCCAGAAGAUGCUUCUUCCAAAGCCCAAGAUGGCUUUGGUCAGUGUUCCUGUGAUGCAGCUGGCCCACCUGCCGGUCCUUCUUCCAUCUACAGAGGGCGGGGCUUUGAGAUCUGUAGUGCUGGCAAUAGACAGCCAAGGCUCUGUCAGCACCUUUCACCUCCUGCCACAAACCAUGGGAGCUGUGGUACCCCAACUUGAUGCUAAGAGUUUGGGUUUCAAGGACAGCAUGCCUACUUCCCGCUCUAGCCUGGGGCCUAUUAGCACAGGGGUGCAGGUCAGUCUGGACCCUGCAGGCAUAGAGGACUCAUCCAGCAGCCUGGCAGGCCAACGGGGAAGAAGCACCUCCACCAACAUUCAAACGGAAAAAUCGUACUUGUCAAAAAUGCCCACAGGAGUGGGGGUUGGGGAGGGAAUGGGCUUGUGCUCUGUGGGUGAGCCCUCAGUAUCGUCCUGCUCUCAAACAGACAUCAGCGUGAGUGCCCAAGUCCUCCUGCCAGUCAGUGUUGAAACUCAGACAUUCUCCUCCUGGGCCAAAGCCACAUCCACUAUUGGAGCUCAGACAGACAGCCAGCACGUGGGCCAAAUUACUUGCUCCUCCUCAUCUGCGCCCCCAUACAAAACAAGGCAGACACAGACGCACUUUGCCAUGCCACAAUCAGAGGAGAAGGCUCAGGACCAGGCUAUAAUGUGCUCUGACUUAUUUGGCAGUGACUCCCUCAGUGUCUCCACCCAGACAGCCCUGGACAUAGAUGACAAUAUAUAUGAGGACUCAAAGUCAGCGGGUGCUAUGUGUUUUGGGGUGCAGACAGAUGAGCUCAACUCAAACAACAUGGCCGAUAACCAGACCCAAACUAUGACCUUGUUAAGUGACCUAGAAAAUAUUCUGUCUGACAGCAUGUCAGGCCACCAGGUGCUCACAGAGGCAUCUGCAGGCUGUGGGUCAGGCCUGGGCUCUGUUCAGGAGCAACACAAUGGCAUUGACUUUGACUUUGAAGAGUUUCUCAAUGCUGUGCACAUCCAGACACAGACAGAGGAGAGUGAGCUGGGACGACUGGGUGGUGACACGCCGCUGGAGUCUCUUGACAUCCAGACUCAGACGGACUUCCUCCUGAUGGAUGAACUGGACCAAAGUGAGGGGCCAAAUAGAACCCAAGCCAGUGACCUGGAGUUGUUCGACACUCAAACUCAGACUGACCUCAAUUUCCUGCUGAGCGCCGGAAGCCACAUGCCCCUGAGCAGCAUCCUGCGACAUUCAAGCUUUUCUAUGAGCACCGAGUCCUCCGAUACAGAAACUCAGACGGAUCUCCCUUCAUUUGCCACAAGCCUUUCCGCUCAGACCCUUGCGUGUCAGGGUGAGCAUGCAAGGCUGCUGAACAGCACAGAGACACAGACUGUGACCAGCCAGGCAGAAGGCCUGGGACACCUCUUCCUGACGAGCAAUGAAACACAAACUGUCAUGGAUGACUUCUUGUCAGCAGACCUGGCAUGGAAUAUGGAUUCCCAUUUCAGCUCUGUGGAAACCCAGACGUGUGAGGAGCUUUGUGCUCUCUUUCAGCACCCUGAGAAACCCAACAGCUGAAGUCCCUCUUAGUGAAGCUGCCUAAGCUUUUGCGGUAUAGGUUUCGCAUGUCUGCCUCCAUAAGAGGAAUCAGUCUACGCUGUCCUCCAGCGGACCACAGUCUUAGCAGUAAGAAGUCUGCGAAUGUUCUUUGAACAUUCCACUGGAGACAUGUCCAGAGUCUUUCCAGGUAUAUGUCCUGACAUCUCCACUGCACUUUAUUAGCUAAACAGGUAUGAUUUAUCAGCUCCUGUGACAGUUUACAUAUUUAUUUGCACAUAAAGUAACAUAUUGUAUGUGUCUUGUCUUAAAUGCCAGUUUACUUCUAUAUUUUUUGUGUAUAACCACUGUGACUGGUUUUCACUGUUUAGUCUUACUAGCAGUUUUUAAAAAAACGUAUCAAUAAUAGAUCUGCACUGUAAAGGGAUGACAUCUUUUAGCUGUGUGUGGCUGUGUAUGGCAGCUUUCAGAUAUGCAUAUACUGCAUGAAAACAACAUUAUGCUUGUAGCUUACGUAUGUUUGGAAAUGUGCAUGAAGCCUUCAUGUGGUCAGCAGCACAGAAACAUAAAAAUAUCUAUUGUCAGCUUGUGCAUCGGACAGCUGCCUCAUUGAUGUUGUAUUGUCAGCGGCAGCAAGACUAUAAACUCUGAAUUACAUGCUGCAGCCAGUGGAAAACCUGUCCAGUGAGAAUCAGCUUUGUUUUUCAAAAUAAAGCCCCAUAAAGGCUUCAGCAAUGAAAAAUGCAUUGCUUAACUCUGUUAAGAUGUAUCUCUCAAGCAUUACCGUUACUCAUACAGAUGUGGCACACAUAAAAAUAUAAUGUUUAUGUCUUGUCAGAUGUUGCGCACCUGUCACUGAAGUGUGAUUGUGAAGUAUGAUGUUGUGUAAACACUUUUUUGUGUCUGGGCCUCUAUAUCAAAACAGUUCAAGUCCGUAAGCAGGCUUGGCUGUCAUUGUCUUUGACUUAUUCAUUAGCUGGGUGUAAGUGUAUACAGUAGCAGUACUCAGUGCUGAGGUGAUGCAGUAAUGUUACUGUACAGAGCACAGACUUGUAUUUAUUCGCCACAGGAUUUUAACAGAAAGGAGUCCUGUUCUUCCCGGUAAAAUCAUCAGAUUUCAAUCAGAAACCAUAUUUAAUUUUUUUGUCUUCUCCAGACAACUAAACUUAAUGUUUGAUUACGUUUCUCAUUAAACUGUUGCACUCAGUUACCUCAUUAAGCACAGGCACCACAUGCAGGCUUUGUUCUACUAAGGAACCUAGAGCUGUAGGCCUUGAUUAUUUAUUAAUUUUGUUACGUUUGUGCCUUAACCCAAGUAUUCGCUGUAGUUAUGUUACAAACAAAUUGCUGCUUUAAAAUAACAAAAAUAAAAAUAAACAAGAAUAUGUUUUGGAAAAUGAACAAACACUGAAAAUGUGUCAAUCCUUUUGGUCUUUGAAUGUUUAAUCCAUUCUGUAUUUGUAUUUUCAUCAUGGUUGCAUGAAAUAUUGGAAUGUCCCUAAUCGUUCUCCAUAGUUUCUAUGGAAAGGUUUAUGUUCUGUCACAUGAAUAAGUAAUGCUAUGCAGCAUUUUAUUGAAGAGAAACUUUUGGACACCAUCUCCCUAUUUACAUGACCUGAAUAAUAUACAGAACAUGACCCUGUGCCCAAGUAUAACAUGCUCUAUUGUUUGCACCAUAUCCAAAAAGUAAAAGGAUAAUUUCCUGGAUGUUAAGAAGGAUUUAGACUAAUUCAGUUUCAACCUUUCUUAUAUAGAGAUUAGUACUUCUUUUAGUACUUUGUGGUUCUUGAAUUCAAAAACAGCAAAAACAGCACUGGGAAAUGCCUUGCUUUAAAUAGAACUACCUGUACAAGCCUCGUCAGUGUCAGUUACAGUACUUUGUUUUUUUCUCUGCUGGGAAUGCAUGCAGAUAUUUUCCCGGCACUAAAUCUUUGGUUUAGCAGAAUUUCUGUUUCUGUUGCCUAUAUGUGUAGAGUUAAUGGUUGCCUUGCUAAAUUGUUAAAGCUACACUACAUAUGUUCUUAAUAAACUGCUGGAAAGUGUA